AUGGCGUACUCAUCCAGCUUGCCUGUUGCAGCCACCUCCUCCCUGGCUACGGCAGCAUCUCCCUCAGCUCCAUUACCAGGAACUCUCCCGCAAAUAAGGUCGCGGGGCCUCUCGUGCGUCUAUGAGAUUGCCAGUAUCCUGACGGGCUCCUCUCGACGUCGACGAGGUGGCGAGUAUGAGCCGCUGCUCGGCCGGCGCGUGUUUGUCGAUGUGGAAAAUCUAGGCUCUAAGCCUCUCAAAACCCAUCGGCGACAAUGGGUGCUGUGCGGCACCGUCUACGGCCUGGUUCUGCUCACCGUGCUCAUCGUCCUGAACGCAUCCCUCUUCGUCUGGCAGCUCGCCUAUGCCAUGCGGUCGGAUCCCGACGCCAUCUUCAGUUCCUGGGGGCUUCCCGGCACCGGCACCGAGCACCUGGCCUGGUACCCGACCGACUUUCUGCGCGACGUCAUUCCCGUGCCGUGUCACUCGCACAACGACUACUGGCGCAACGUGCCACUGUUUUCAGCCCUGUAUGCCGGCUGUGUCGGCGUCGAGGCCGACGUCUGGCUGCUCGACGGCUACGAGGACGAGCUGUACGUCGGCCACAGCCGCGCCGCCCUGCAGCCGAACCGCACUUUCCGGUCGCUCUACGUCGACCCGCUGGUCGAGAUUUUGGCGCGUCAGAACAAGGACCACCACUACUUUUCGGGCAACGACAGCAGCAGCAGCGUUCAGCCGCGCGGCGUCUUUGACAUCCGCCCCGAUCAGACGCUCGUCCUACUGGUCGACAUCAAGACGAGCGGGCCCGAGACCUUCCACAAGGUGCUCGAGGGGCUCGAGCCGCUGCGGUCACGCGGCUGGCUGACGACAUACCGCGACGGCCGCCUGCACCAGGGGCCCAUCACCGUCGUCGGCUCUGGUCGCACACCCUUUGCCGACGUCGUGGCCAACAGCACGUAUCGCGACGUCUUUUUUGACGCGCCGCUUGACCGGAUCGAGAACAGCCAGCAGUACGACCAGACGAACUCGUACUACAGCAGUGUGGCCAUCGGCGAGGGCCUCGGCACCAUCUGGUUCGGCAUCUUCCGUGAGAGCCAGCUGCAACUGCUGCGCCACCAGGUGCGCCAGGCCCAUGACCACGGCCUCAAGGCCCGCUACUGGGACCUGCCGGCCUGGCCCAUCAGCGCGCGCAACCGCGUGUGGGACACGCUCGUGAGCGAGGGCGUCGACAUGCUCAACGUCGACGACCUCAACGGGGCCACCAAGAGCAACUGGGACGACGCCGGCUGGUUCGGACGGCUACUAUAG